ACUGCGUCACUCCCGAGCUGCCUCCUGUCGGGAUUUGAAUGGCUUCCGUCUAUGAGUCGCCCGCCUUCUCUUGUUUAGAUCUACCUAAGUAUCGCGAGAUUUCUUCAUCCCUACCGGCCGGAGGAGGACGGGAUCAUCCUGGAUAGUCUGGACGCCUGGUUCAAGGGGGGCAAGAUGGCAGCCUCUACUUCAUCAUCAUCAGCUGGUGGAGUGAGUGGAAGUUCUAUGACUGGAUCUGGAUUUAGUGUCUCAGAUCUUGCCACGCCACAGAAAGCCCUCUUUACAUAUCCUAAAGGAGCUGGAGAAAUGUUAGAAGAUGGGUCAGAACGAUUCCUUUGUGAGUCUGUCUUCAGCUAUCAAGUUGCAUCCACCCUGAAACAAGUAAAACACGAUCAGCAAGUCGCUCGAAUGGAAAAACUCGCUGGCUUAGUGGAAGAACUGGAGGCAGAUGAAUGGAGAUACAAACCCAUUGAACAGCUCUUGGGCUUCACCCCGUCUCUAGGUUGAAAUAUAGCCAUUUGUUGCUGUGGAGAGAUCCAGGAUUCGUGUAGCUCCGUUUUAAAACUUUUCAGUGGUUUCCUUCUGCGUUUUCCCACAACUCUGAUGACAAUCCAGAACUACAGUUUUGGGUUUUGUUUUUCACCAGAUCCAAUAAAUAUAUAUUUAUACAUCAGUAGUGGGUUUCAGUUUAGUUUGCUACCAGUUCGUGCGCAUGCGCAGAAGCGUCUGGGCGGGUGGGCGGAGCCUCCUGCCGCCGCCGCUACCAGUUCGCCCGAUCCGGGGCGAACCGGUAGCAACCCACCAUUGUUAUACAUCUUUUUUUAGGGUUUUCUUUUUUUUUUUAGCUCACUUUCAUACUGCUUGAGGAUAGUGUGAUUUCUGUAAGUAGGGAGAUGUAAUCACUUUUCAGGGGGGCAAAAAAACCACCUUUUUUUUUCUUCAGAGGGAAAAAGGGAUGAUUAUUUUAAUUCAGCAGUCUUGAUUUGUUGACCUUGAGCUGCCACAAUGAAAAUUGGCCCAGUGGUUGGGCUUGUCUUGUGUGUAACUCUAGGAGAGCGGCGUAAGAAGCCAUCAUUUUGAGCCCUAAGCGAUUGCUUUGAAGAGAAAUGUGAUAAUAGAAAGAGGUUCACUUGGAGGCCAGAAAAAUAUUAACCGUUUCCUAUAUUUAGGUUGUUGCUGAGGCUGCAUUUUGACAGUUGUUCCUCUGUUAAUUAUGUGUGGAAAUGGUCAGAACAAGUCUUAAAAGGAGACAUUGACUGCCCUGUUUGCUGUACCAGUCCACCUGAAUAGUCUUAUUUAGUAAAUAAAUUAUUUUAGCUCUUGC